CAUGAAAAGGUAAACUGACACACUGAACUAGUGGUAAACUUGUCAGGAGUGUGAGAGGCUGUCCAAUAGCUCGCCGUGAUCGUAUAGUGGUUAGUACUCUGCGUUGUGGCCGCAGCAACCCCGGUUCGAAUCCGGGUCACGGCAAAGCAACAGGAUAAUUCAAUCUUUUGCAUUUGUUAUAUUUCGUUUUUGUUUUUAGUGGCAUGACCUUAUCUAUGUCAGAAAUUGUCCAGAAAUAAGCGGCAAUUAUAUUGCGCCAAAAUUCUGUGCUCCGACUCUUAGAUUACUGUUUAUAGAGCAACUAGUUUAGUUUCAAAAACAUAAUGCAAUUAUGAGUAAUUGAUCUCAUCUCUCUUUUUCUUUUUCAAUGGAACGAAAAUAACUGCUUGUAAAUACCAUAUAUUAUAGUCUAAUCAUUUUAUGACUUCGAGAUCAAAUGAUGUAAUGUACAUUAUGUCAUAUCCUGUUACACAAGGCGAUGCACUGCUAGCAUCUCGGCAAUGAAGCUUCUCUGACUCCUGCUUGUCAGAGAAAAGCUGUCACGGGCAGAGCAAAUGUCAAGAAAAGCAAUAUCAACUCGGUAUUUUCAAUAAAGGUCUACACGUGAAAUCCUGUAACACUUUCGGUUUGUAUAUUUUCCGUUUCUAGUUUUCAUGUCUUUCUUUUUUUUUUUUUUUUCCCGAAUAGUUAGCAAUAAAUUUAAAGAUUUUCGAGCACUUGUUUUGUUGCACCAUCUUUUAUUUUGAAGCCUGCCAACGGGAAACUGGUUGUUUUGCCUCGCUCUUACAGGAUUUUCACCGAAUGUGUCAAGCUUUGCUAGACAGGGGAAAAAAAUGGGUACUGUCACUAAGGUUGUUUAGCAACAUUUUCAGCCUAACUCGUUGAUGAAGGCGGAUAAUUCUUGAACAAGAAUUUCAAAGUGGACUACCCACCAUGUCGACCGAGGAGGAGCGGGGGGUGGUUCGUGUCAAAGUCAAGAAGUGUGAGGGAAUACUGCCUGUGGAGUUCCGCUCAUUUGCAGUUGACCCACAGAUAACAUCCCUAGAAGUGUUGCAGCAUAUCCUAAUCCGAGCUUUUGAGCUCAAUGGACGGCGCAAUUUUGGCAUUAGUUACCUGUCCCGUGACCGUGCGGGUGUGGAGGUCUACCUCUCCCUCCUGUCAGACUGGGAUUUAGAUGCAGCAUUUGUCAGUGCAGCUAAGCCCUAUCUUCAGCUCAAGAUGGAUAUCAAACCUUCGGAAGACAGUCCAGUGCUUGAGGACUGGGACAUAAUCAGUCCGAAAGAUGUGAUUGGUUCUGAUCAACUGCAAGGGGAGAAGAGGUCACUGGCGUCCACUGCUCUUCCCUUCACCCAGUCACUGCUGUCCCAGGUUACUGAUGACGUUCUUCACCCUGUCAGCCAGCUGUUUUACCAGCCAGUCUCUGCUGCAUUCAGUCAGAUGGGUAGGACUUUAUCUAGGGUUCAGCAGGCUUUGAGUUGGUCCUAUGGCGAGGAGGUUAAGCCAUUUAAGCCCCCUUUGAGUGAUGCAGAGUUCCACAGCUACCUGAAUAGCCAGGGUCAGCUGACACGCCCAGAGGAGCUACGACUACGUAUUUAUCACGGUGGGGUUGAGCCCUCCCUGCGCAAGGUAGUGUGGCGGUACCUUUUAAACGUGUACCCAGAUGGUCUGACAGGGCAGGAGAGGAUGGACUACAUGAAGAGAAAGACGAGAGAAUAUGACCAGCUGAAGCGUGAGUGGACAGCCCGGGUCAGCCCAGAAGAUCUAGAAUUUAUUAGAGGCAACGUGCUGAAGGACGUACUCCGAACAGACCGAGCCCAUCCUUAUUACGCUGGCUCUGAAGACAGCCCCCACCUAACUGCUCUAACUGACCUUCUAACCACCUUUGCUAUCACACAUCCACAGGUGUCUUAUUGUCAAGGCAUGAGUGAUAUUGCCUCUCCAAUCCUUGCUGUCAUGGACAAUGAAGCACAUGCUUUCAUCUGCUUCUGUGGCAUCAUGAAGCGCCUUGAAGGCAACUUUCGCCCUGACGGGCAGCUCAUGUCCGUCAAGUUUCAGCACCUCAAGUUGCUCUUGCAAUACUCAGACCCCGAGUUUUAUGCCUACCUGGUAUCCAAAGGCGCAGAUGAUCUCUUCUUUUGCUACCGCUGGCUGCUACUGGAGCUGAAGAGGGAGUUCGCCUUCGACGAUGCCCUGAGGAUGCUGGAGGUGACCUGGAGCUCUCUGCCUCCAGACCCGCCCGAGACAGAAGUCGAGCUUCUUGGUCCGCCGCUCGAAGCAGAGCAGCCCCUGAGCCUCGAUUGUGGCUGUCAAAUCUUGGCGAACAAUGAGCUAGACAAAGCGCAGACGGAGAACCAGCGGCGACGGCACAUGCUGAGACCGUCUCGAGAGGAGGCAGACGGUGGACGUGACCUCAGCUUGGAUGUGGAAAGGAAAGAAGACAAGGGUUAUAGUAGGGAAAGUGAAGGGGAGUAUGGUGUGGAUUCUGUUGUGAAGAGUGAUGCCCCUGUGCCUACACCUCCUUUUGAGAAGCAAUCCAGUUUUGGAGAGUUUAAGUACUACAGUGCUCGAAACAAGGACAGUUUUGAGAUUAAUGAAAAUGAUCCCCCUGAUCUCUUAUUAUCUGUAGUGGAGUUUCAGUCCACACAUUCAGUGUUACCUCUCACAGUCCGCCAAUCCACAGAAGACAGUGAGGAUGAUCCUGGAGAGAGACAGCCAUUGAUAAGCAGUAAUGACAAUAUUUCAUCUCCUGAGAUUGAAGAGAGAAGCUGCCCAAAUGGACAGACAGCCUCCCCUCUCCCUCCAACUUGUGUGUCAAGUUGGAAAAAUGGAUCCCCUCAGUCUUCAGUGACAUCUCCUUCAAUGUCCAGUUGGAGAACAGCGUCCCCUGAGGUUCCAGCAUCGAAAUCCGCCUCUUCCUCUUCAUUUAUGGGGGGAAGCACUGUCUCCCCCGAUAAGGCAUUAGCUAGAUUGGCCUCCUCGACCUCUGUGUCAAAUGGAAGUGGAGCACACUCUCCAUCAACACCCACAGGGAAGCCUGCAGUUUCCUCCCCAUCACUCAGCUACAGUCGCUCCUUGCUCUCUUCCCCUGUUUUAUCCUUUGGCAAAUCCCCUUCUCUGCCUAAACCUUUCUCUAGCAACCUUCCAUCACCAUGCAAACCUCCAGGUACUGGUAUGAACUCUCCAAACACAUCCAAACCAGAGGGUGGGAGCAUUAAACCCUGCUCCCUUCCUCCUCCUCAAGAGUUUGGAAAGGGAAAUCCCUUCAUGUUGUUCCUGUGCCUCUCCAUCCUGCUGGAGCAUCGUGACCAUAUCAUUAAAAACAGCUUGGACUACAAUGAGUUGGCCAUGCAUUUUGACCGCCUGGUCCGCCGGCACAACCUUAGUCGUAUCCUACAGCGCGCCAAGGCUCUUUUCGCAGACUACCUGCAGAGUGAGGUGUGGGACUCAGAAGAGGGUGACGAAGUCAGCUUGGACUCCCCAACCAUGGCUAUAGGUUCACCACACACUCCCCGCAGGCCUGCCUUUUCCAACAUGCAGCCUACUAUGGCCACCUCCCCAAACUCUACCUAUAACCUGGCCUCCACAAUUCCGUCCCCUGUGACCCCACCCACCCUUUCUCCCUCAUCCUCAUGAUUCAUUUCAACAGCACCUCCAGCAGCCAUCUCUACCAUGUAAGCAGACAAAGGUGAAAACGAAGGAAAGUUAUCAACUACUUUUAUGUUCUUCAUGUUUUACCAGUUCUGUUUGUGGCAAACCAAAGCCGAGCAAGCGCUUUCCCUUUUGCUUUAAGGUUUUCUGCAUCGUAUGUUUUUCUGUGUCUGUCAGUGUUGAGGGUUGUUUUUGGUUUUGGUUUUGGGUUUUUUUUGUGCUACACAUGUCACUCACUGUACUGUAUGGAAUUCUGUUUAUCUUGCACUUUAUAUUUUGUCCGUUUAGAGGGCAUGACCAGUUUACGUCUUAAUGAGUUAUGUAAAUAAAGACUUAUUACAGAAGGCCACAGGAACUUGACCAGCUGGAGGAACUUUCAACAGCAACAAUAGUGCUCGACUGACAAAAAAGAGCUGCUAUCUGGUCAGUCUGAAUCUCUGGAGACUAUUUUCCUGAUCCACUUUUGCCUCCUUUAGUGUUUAUUCAAGACCACAAUCAGUGUGUUUAACUCUGAAUUACAAGUAAAUUAACCUUCAUCACUCAAAGUGUGAGUGUAUCUACACCAUGCAUUCAGUUUGGGUAUCUAUCCAUGUAUUUACUGUUUACAAGAGUGCAAAUAAUGUCUCUCUUGACAUGAGAGCAUUAUUUGUAUCUCCCAUUUUUAUUUUACAUUUUCAGUGAGCAGUAAUCUUUCUUAUAACUGGAGUUUGUAAAUGAUCAUUUUUAAAUUAUUGCACACACUGAAGAUACUGAAUCAUUGAAAGAUUUUUCAGCUAAACACCUGACCACAUCUGAACCAUUUGUCUGCGGUUGCACAUCUAUUCAAUAAAAACAUUGGCAAAUGUCCCCAUUGAAAAGAACACCAUCACUGUAGUCACUUAGAACUUCUGCCCUGAAUGUACAAAUAAGUAGUAGUAUUAUUUGAAAAUGGUUGUUGAACCAAUUUUGCCCUCUAGUUUUGUGAAGAAGUGUCUCUUUUUUUUUAGAUUGUAUUAUUUUUUACCUUAAAAUAAUCUCUUCUACCAAAGUAUUUUUCCCAUUUCCAGCAUGUUUCAACACAUUGGGGCCAUCUCCAUAACAUGAUGGUUUCUGAUUAAUUGUAAUUUUAAAAUGAUGUAGCUUAAUUGCAUUCAACACAUUUCAUUGGCAGAAAAUGUUCACUUCCUAGUGCAUUUCUCGUACUGAACCUUUUCACGUUGUAACAGCAAGUAUUCUUUCCUUUCUUUUUCCCAUUGAAGUGCUAAAAUCCUUUAUAAGUCCUGCACAUGGACCAAAGGAAUUUUCCUUAAAAAUGCAACCAUUUUUGGCCUUGUGCUUCUGUAUGUUCUUUAAAACAAUGUAUGAUUGUUGUUUUUUUGUUAUCUUUGUUCCUGUACAUAGAAUUCUUCAGAACAUUAAAUUAUUCCCAUUAAGAGAUUUGCUGGAGUGAAUGCUAGCAAUACCCAUAUUUAUACAAUACGUUCAUUUCAGACUUUUAUUACACUGUUCCAAAUAUGUUAUCUAAUUUAAGAUUGAACAAUAAAGAAUUAAGCAAGCAAAUGGAAAAUUACAAUACAAAAUAAACUUUUCUGUAAUGAAUGGAUGUAUUAGUGAUUCCUACAGUGACAAUCACAUUGCACCUCAUAAUUUCAUGACAACCUAAAGCAAAACUUGGUGUGCAUAUUUUAUUCAGUUCCUUUCUGUCUGAUUUAUACAUUGUUUUUAACAACAGACACUGGACAACCAUACUCAAAGGCAAAGCAAAUCCUUGGGGUGAUGCUGGGUAGCAGUGUUCAUACAAACAAGAGUGCUGAUAAGUUGAAAUAGACAUGUAAAGUAGCUACAUAAUUAAAUCUAUUACAUUAUGGUAGUACAUUUAGCAUGUACUUUAUAUAAGCUAGUGUUAUUCAUAUGGAUUUUUUAUGCUAAUAUUCAAUCAAUGUUGUUCACAGCAUUAAUUAAGUGUCAGGUUAAGCAGAUCCAUGUAGUCGAGGUGGAGACACUUCUGCAGUGCUGACAUGACAUUAUUAUGUAGAAAUAUCUAAUCAGGCAGCAUUUUUAAUGUAUUUAUUG